GUCUUAAUUUUAUUUAAAAAAAAUAACCAAUUUGUAUAUGUGUGUGUGCAAUAAUGGCCCCACCAUUAGUCGGUAUAUCCAUACAAUUGUUAUCAAUAGCGGCACUUAUAUUGCAAAACAAUAUCCAACACGACUCGGUUGAGACAUCAGUCCAUCAAAUACAAGCCGUUUACGACUUUAUUGUUGUCGGUUCAGGUUCUUCAGGUGCCAUAGUAGCCAAUCGGUUGGCCGAAAACCCGCACAUCCGUGUCCUGUUGGUCGAAGCUGGCGGCCCGAGUGGUCUCAUCAACGACAUACCGGCCCAGACAGCUACGGGCGCCCUAUUCUAUUCGGAACAAGACUGGAACUAUACGCUAACACCGCAAAAGUAUGGCGUCUCCUAUCAGAAUCGGGUAAUACCCGAAAACAGGGGUCACGUAAUUGGCGGCACUUCAUCAUUCAACUCAAUGAUCUACAAUCGGGGCAAUCGUCGUACGUUUGACGUAUGGGCUAAAGAGUACGGCGCUAUCGGUUGGAGCUAUGAGGAGGUGUUACCCUAUUUUAUGAAAUACGAGAAAAACUUGGAUCCACUAGUGGCCAGCAAUGGAUUUCACGGUACCACUGGUCCCAUUGAGAUAACAUCGUGGUCUCAUCCGCCGCCGAUCAUACAGUUGCACCAACAGGCGGCCAACGAGUUGCAUAUACCCAGUACCGACAUUAACGGUGCCCAGCAGUUCGGUACAGCUGUCUGUCAGGCUUUUAUCGAUGGUAAGGGUCGGCGAAGUAGUGCAUCCAAUGCCUAUAUCGACCCGAAUCCCUAUCCACAUAAUCUUCAUAUACUUGCCCGGGCAUUGGUUACGAAAAUUUUGUUUGAAGAUAAGCGAGCCGUUGGCAUACAGUUCCUCCGACACGGAACCGAGCAUAAAAUUUUUGCCAAAAAAGAGAUUAUCGUCAGCGCCGGUACCAUCAAUACACCGCAAUUGUUAAUGUUGUCGGGCAUCGGACCCGAAAAACAUCUACACGACCUCGGCAUACCAGUACUCAGCGAUUUACCAGUUGGCGACAACUAUCAAAAUCAUUGGGGUGUUAGCAUUGAUUUUGCCAUCAAAGAAAAGUACUAUCACUUGCUGAGCACCGGUGGCCAAAUGAAUGUCCCGCAAUUGUAUCAGUUUUUGGCCCGAAAAACUGGACCACUAGCCCAACACUAUCGUACGGUUGUCUACUAUAAUACUCACAACAACAAAGAUAAGGACUGGCCUAAUACUAAUUGGGAAACUGGUCUAUACCUGUAUCCGGCAAACCUGAGCGAUGUCAGGGCCUUCCCUCAUGAGGACCGACACGCUUGGGACAUAUUCAGAGCACCACUAUUGGGUCGUUACUACUUUUUUGUCCAUCCAAUUCUACAGAGACCGCGAUCAGUCGGCAGUAUACGACUGGCCUCGAAAAGUCCGCUAUACUAUCCGCUUAUCGACGGCAACGUAUUGGCCGAUCCGAAAGAUUAUGCCGAUCUACACGAGUCGAUCAAAGCGGCCCUAUAUUUCUACGAGCGGUCAUCGAUUGCCGAAUAUCUGGAACCAAUUGAACCGAUACCCGGCUGUCAGUUUUGUAAGGACCGACAGUUUGUCAACGAAUGCGAUGAGUAUAUCCAGUGUCUGAUUGUUCAGACGGCCUACUCGUGCUAUCAUCCGGCCGGUACUGCCCGUAUGGGUGCCCAUGAAAGACACGAUACUGUAGUUGAUCCACGACUUAGGGUCAAAGGUGUCGACGGUUUACGUGUAUGCGAUGCCUCCGUAAUGCCGUUACUGAUGAACGGCAAUACCAAUGCCGCUUCGCUGAUGAUCGGCGAAAAGUGUGCCGAUCUGGUCAAACAUGAUAACCAAUUGGCAUAA